GUAAUACUCCUCCCCCGACUAAAAGAUACAGUUGCGCGAAAAAAACUCGUGCGUUCGGCAUGUCCGCCCAUUAUGCUACUCGCCUGAUAGGCUUCCGACAUAUGCUGAACUCGAACAAAAAUAGCUCUGUUCUGCAGUCACAGUUUUCUGUUGUUCCAGAAAAAAUAGUGCAGCAGUUACAGUCACAAUUUUCGUUUCCUCCAAGAAACCUUUCCGUCACGCCAUAUUUAUAGUUUAUGAUGACGUGACAAUAGGACUGAACUGGUUCGCGCACGCUCAAGCUUAGAGGAACGUAUUUAAACUGCAGUGAAUCGUGAAAAUACUCGUGAUUAUAUCGAACAAGAGGUGACAAACAAUUAUUCUGCUGGAUUUUGAGUACAUGUGAACGGUUUAUUUAAAGAAAGAAUCAGCUUUCAACAGUUGCGAAGGGCAAAGAUUCUAGGAAUUGGAUCAACUGAACUCAAUGGCUGGUUUUUCUUGGAACUGAAUACCAGUGAAUAUUAGGUUUCGUGCAUUAUAAUAAGAUACAGCUGAAUACAGAUGCAACGUCAUAGUGUGUCCACGUAAAGUUUAUCAAAAGAAUGAGUUUUUACCUCGAGGAAGGCAAUCCCAGCGGACAAAGUGGUUCCUCAGGCACAGAGAGUGAUGAGGACAACACUAACUUGCCCGAUCCUCAAGAAUCAUUUAUAGUGAAUCAAAUCACUGAGAAGUUUGAAAACUUACGUCAGUUGCGUGAAGAACUGAACGAGGCUUUUAUUGAAUGGAUUCCAAAGAGAAGACGGACCAAGGAACAACUGGAGGAACUGGCAUCAAAACUACAUGAACACCACAGAAAUGUGAAUAUCACGACCAUAACAGGGGCAGGAUUGGGUACCGUCGGCGGGGUCUUGUCGAUUGCGGGCCUUAUUGCUGCACCCUUUACGUUUGGGGCUGGGAUCGUUGUUUCUCUUGUCGGAGCUGGCAUUGGUGGCGCUGGUGGUCUGGUCAUGUCUGGUUCCAAAGUAGCUGAGAUUAUUCUUACAAAGCUGGGAUUAAAAGAUGUUCAGUUGGCAAUUGACGAGGACAGAGAUGCGUGUACAAAUCUCCAACAACGGUUAGACUCGCUGGAGAGCUUCAUCUCUGAACUGGCGGCCUUUCUCAAACCCCUUCACGACGAUGCUGUGUUGAUGAGGGAAUUAGAAGGAAGUGGAUUUGAAUUUCUUCACGAAGGAAGUGGAUUUGAAUUUCUUCACGGUCUAUUCCCAAAUGACUACACGACUUCCGCUGAAGAGAAGGUGGAAUUUGGUGCCAGGUUUUUUCGGACAUUGUCGUCCGCUGCUACGGUGUCAGCGUCAGCGUUCGCUACCGCAGGUGCUGUGGCCCGGAGCGCGGCGCUUGCUGGGACUCGGAUGGCUCAUAUCGCUGGGUCAGUGAUAAGUGCUGCUCUGCUGCCAUUGGACAUCACGCUGCUUGUGAGAUCAUCUUUAGAGCUGCAUCGAGGCUCGACUUCCAAGGCUGUGGAAGAUAUCAGAAAGAUUCUAGAGGAACUGGAGUGUCCAGACGAGAAGCAAAUUGAAAUGCUGGUUGAGGGCUUUAUUGACGAAAAGUUCACCGAGGCUUACAAUAAGAUGGAUGGUGAUAACGGAGACCAAGACCAGGACGACGUAAAAAGCGAUAAAGAACUAAAUAAAUGAUUUCGUAGAGGGAUCUACGAUGGCGAUAAAGACAAUUAGACUUUUCAGUAACAGAAAAAAAAAACAUAGGUUUCAACAAAAAUGGUUAAAUCCGUAAGUUACGUUGCGCCUUUACUGCUGUCCAAGAAGGUAUGUCGAUAGCAAAAGGAGAUCGGACGGAUCAGUAAAAACUGAACGUUAAACACUAAUAUGUCCUCGUACAAACGGAGCCAUUUAAGUUAUUUAGAGGUUGUAAUUUUAAAAUAGAAUCGCUGUUGUUGUGAAUGUUAGUAAUACUGGUAUAACAACUGUGUAAAUAGCAAUAAGGAGGAAUUAACUGUUGGGCUUGCUGGAGUUUUAAUAGUACUCUUUUUUUUUUGCUUACGUUUCAAAUUCAAUGGUGAAAAAAACACAUAUUUUCAGUUACAAAAAAACAAAACAACAACAACAAAAAACAAUAAAAGGGUUCUUUUCUUCACCUGGGCUAGCAUUGGCUUACUCCAUAGAAACUGUCUGAAAAUGAAGCACCAACAAAUAACGAUAUAUGGAAACCUGAACAAGUAUGUAUGUUAAAUGGACAAAGUUCAUGUAAAAUACAAAAAUAAUUGUUGAAUUUA